AUAACGCAAGAAGAGUGGUGGUUUUAUUUUUGGACAUUGGGAGAAAAUCUCGCUUGACCGUUACAAAACUCUCCGUCUCUAUACCCCUCUCCCUCUUUUCAUUCAUUGGCGGCGCCACCAAUCCUUCUCGGCCACCGCCACUGCCUCCACGACGGAAAACCAGGCAAUUCUAAUGCCAAGAACCUCAUCCUUCACAGAAAUUCCUUGCACAUCUUUAAUUUAACCCCAAGUUUUUUCCGGUUCUGGUUUUGCAUUUUCUUUUUCCAGGGUCCAAGACUCAAAAACAAUAGAAAUUCUCCAUAUAUAGAAGCAUCUAUCUCUCUCUCUCUUCAUUCGUCAAAAUCUGACCCUUUUUAUAUGGAAAGUGGGAAUAAAUAAUUCACCGUUUGGGGCCAAACCUUUGUCUCUUACCCUUCUUUUACUCUUCCUCCGGAAAGGAUCGUUGUCAUAAUUUGAUUUUGUCAUUUGAAAGGUCCUUGCUUUUGUUUCCGGGUCCGCUUAGGCCAUGGCGGACAUUGUGAAACAGAUCCUGGCAAGGCCAAUACAAGUGGCAGACCAGGUGACCAAGGCCGCGGAUGAAGCACAAUCUUUCAAACAAGACUGUCAAGAGCUUAAAGCCAAGACCGAGAAGCUAUCAGGCCUCCUUCGUCAAGCUGCACGUGCGAGCAACGACCUUUACGAACGCCCAACACGCAGAAUCAUCGAUGAUACCGAACAAGUCCUGGACAAGGCCCUAGCUCUUGUCAUCAAAUGCCGUGCAACUGGUCUCAUGAAACGAGUUUUCACCAUUAUCCCUGCGGCAGCCUUUAGGAAAAUAUCAAUGCAACUCGAGAAUUCUAUAGGAGAUGUUUCAUGGCUCUUACGCGUGUCAGCCUCGGCUGAUGAUCGUGAUGAUGAAUAUCUCGGUCUUCCUCCCAUUGCAGCCAACGAACCGAUAUUGUGUCUUAUAUGGGAACAGAUUGCAAUUCUUUACACAGGUUCAUUAGAUGAACGAUCCGAUGCUUCUGCUUCGUUGGUUUCUUUGGCUCGGGACAAUGAUCGAUAUGGUAAGCUAAUCAUAGAGGAAGGAGGUGUCCCUCCUUUAUUGAAGUUGGCAAAGGAGGGGAAACCGGAAGGUCAGGAGAAUGCAGCAAGAGCAAUUGGGUUGCUGGGACGUGACCCGGAAAGUGUGGAACAGAUUUUGAAUGCAAGCGCUUGCUCGGUGUUCGCGAAAAUCCUCAAAGAUGGUAACAUGAAGGUUCAAUCUGUGGUGGCUUGGGCAGUAUCAGAAUUGGCUGCGCAUCACCCCAAAUGCCAGGACCAUUUUUCACAGAACAAUAUAAUUCGGUGUCUCGUCAGUCAUCUCGCCUUUGAGACCGUUCAAGAACAUAGUAAGUAUACCAUUGUGAGUAAGGAAACAAUGUCUAUUCAUUCAGUUGUUAUGGCUAGUAAUACUCCAGAGCAAACUAAUAAAAAGGAGCACGAAGAUGAAGAUAAGCUACGUAACAAUAAGAAUAUAGCUCACCCUAUGGCGAAUCAAACACCUAGCCAUAUGCAUAACGUGGUUACUAAUACUAUGGUUAUGAGAAGCCAGACUCCGGACAGUUCUAAGACAACGCAACCAAACAACUCUUCUACAAAUCACCACCAUGUUAACCAUCCCAAAGGCAACCAGCAAACUGCCAAGUCACACCAGCACCAUCCACAACAUGUUUCAUUAUCUGGAACUAGCAUUAAGGGAAGGGAAUUUGAAGACCCAGUCACAAAAGCACAAAUGAAGGCAAUGGCAGCAAGAGCUCUCUGGCAGCUUUGCAAAGGAAAUCUUGGUAUAUGUCGUACCAUAACGGAAUCAAGAGCUCUAUUGUGCUUUGCAAUUUUGUUAGAGAAGGGCGCCGAUGAUGUACAGUCCUAUUCAGCCUUGGCAUUAAUGGAAAUCACAAGUGUGGCUGAGCAAAAUGCUGAAUUGAGACGCUCCUCUUUCAAGCCUACUUCCCCUGCUGCCAAAGCUGUUGUGGAACAGUUACUCAAAAUCAUAGAAAAGGCAGACUCAGACCUCCUCGUGCCUUGCAUCAAAGCCAUUGGAAACUUGGCCAGGACUUUCCGAGCAACUGAAACAGGGAUAAUUGGGCCAUUGGUGAAAUUGCUUGAUGAAAGGGACGCAGAUAUUUCUAUGGAGGCUGCCAUUGCACUUAACAAGUUCGCCACACCUGAAAACUACCUCCAUGCCACUCACUCAAAAGCCAUUAUCAAUGCAGGAGGCGCCAAGCAUUUAAUUCAGUUGGUUUACUUCGGUGAACAAAUGGUUCAGUUUCCUUCUUUGGCCCUGCUUUGUUACAUUGCGCACAAUGUUCCUGACAGUGAGACCCUUGCACAAGAAGAGGUGCUUAUAGUACUCGAGUGGGCAUCCAAGCAAGCCCAUCUAUCUGAAGAUCCUCAUAUUGCUGAUUUAUUACCAGAAGCCAAAAGUAGAUUGGAACUCUAUCAAUCAAGGGGUUCCAGAGGAUUUCAUUAACUUUAUCGUUUUGGGUAAGAAUAUUUUCUGAAGUAGUUCAGUUUUGUAAGUUGUAUUCACCCACCCUGAUGAACUGUAUAUAAAUUAGCAUUGAUGUCAACACUGUUAUGGACUUAUGUAGUCGUGUAGGAGACACUUAUGGCUAAUAGGAGCUAUAGCUCAUGCUUCUCACCUUUACUCUCUUCUUUUUCUCCUUUUUAGUCUCGUCUGUUAUCUUUGCUGCUGGCAGCGCCUAUCAUCCAUUAUCUGCUUGGAACUGGCUUUGAAAUCUUGCCAUUGGCAUUGUUUGCUGGUAGCUCUUAUAGUUUAUACUAUCAUUGCUCUUUAAAAAGUGUGGUUGGCAAACCCUGCCUAGGUCAUAAGACUCGUAUACAUCAAUCUCAGGCCAAAUUUUGGACAGCUGAGAAUUCUAAAAAUUUGGCAUGUAUUCUUAGUCUCAAAUUCGUUAU